UUUCAAAAGCCACAAUUGAUUUCCGCGUCUCUUUUUUGCCUUCUAAUACAAUCAUUCCGUUCAAUAAAUUCCAUUUGCAAGCAGCUGAAAAACAAAAGAACUUAUUAGUGGGUUUCAGUGUGGUUUUGCGGAGUGAUAAUGAAUAAAGGUGGAGGGGGAAGUGGACCGACGGCAGCGGCAGCAGCAGCGGCUACGCAAAAGCAGAAGUCUCUAAUGCAGAGAGUGGAAACAGAUAUCGCUAACAUCGUUGACAAUUUCACUCACCUUGUCAAUGUCGCUAGGGUCAAUGAACUACCGGUUAGAAAUUCACAAGAGGCUUUUAUGAUGGAAAUGCGUGCAGCAAGAAUGCAGGUUCAAGCAGCUGACUCUUUACUCAAGUUGGUGUCAGAGCUUAAGCAGACUGCAAUAUUUUCAGGAUUUGCAUCUCUUAAUGACCAUGUAGAUCAAAGAAUAGUCGAGUUUAACCAACAGGAAGAAGAAACAGACGGCAUUUUAGCAAAAGUUGGGGAGGAGGCUGCUGCGAGCCUCAAGGAUCUUGAAUCUCAUUAUUAUUCUUCUGCACACAGAACAAGUCAAACCUUUCAACCAUGAACCCAGGCUCCAGAAGAGAAGCAGUAUGCUGCUCUAUUGUUCAGCAACCUUUUCUUUUCUAAUAAUCUUAAUUUAGUUGUACCUCAUAGAGAGAAAAAGCUGAGAUACCACCAGUUCUUGCAAAAGGGAGCCCCUUUCCGUUGGUUAAUUGAUUCCCCAAUUGUAGAGGAAACAUUUACCUUCUCAUUUGUAGUUUAACCUAUGAGCACCCUGUAAUUGGGGCCCAAGCUCCUAAUAUGGCAUACACUGAACAACCUUAGACAAAAUAUUGAGUUUGUCUAGUGAUAUGGUUUCUGGAUGUUUCAUUGGACAGCAGAAAAAUAGUGUUGGGAGAUGA